CCCACCGGGCUACCCAAGGGCUCGGCCAGCGCAGUGACCCAGAGCCUGCCCAGGACGCCCUCGGCCACCACCGGUGGGAUCCGGGCCACGCUGACGCCCACGGUCCUAGCCCCACGCCUGCCGCAGCCGCCGCAGAACCCGACCAACAUCCAGAACUUCCAGCUGCCCCCAGGUAUGGUCCUCGUGCGCAGCGAGAACGGGCAGCUGUUAAUGAUUCCUCAGCAGGCCUUGGCCCAGAUGCAGGCCCAGGCCCACGCCCAGGCCCAGCCUCAGACCACCAUGGCGCCCCGGCCGGCCACCCCCACAAGUGCCCCCCCCGUGCAGAUCUCCACCGUGCAGGCACCUGGGACCCCCAUCAUUGCACGGCAGGUGACCCCAACGACCAUAAUCAAGCAAGUGUCUCAGGCCCAGACAACGGUGCAGCCCACCGCAGCGCUCCAGCGCUCGCCCGGAGUUCAGCCUCAGCUUGUCCUGGGUGGUGCUGCCCAGACAACUUCACUCGGGACGGCGACAGCUGUUCAGACGGGGACACCUCAGCGAACGGUCCCAGGGGCCACCACCACCUCCACAGCUGCCACGGAAACUAUGGAAAACGUGAAGAAAUGUAAAAAUUUUUUAUCUACGUUAAUAAAACUGGCUUCCUCCGGUAAACAGUCCACAGAGACAGCCGCUAAUGUGAAAGAGCUGGUGCAGAAUCUGCUGGAUGGAAAAAUUGAAGCAGAAGAUUUCACUAGUAGGUUAUACCGAGAACUUAAUUCUUCACCUCAACCUUACCUUGUGCCUUUCCUGAAGAGGAGCUUGCCCGCCUUGAGACAGCUGACCCCCGACUCCGCGGCCUUCAUCCAGCAGAGCCAGCAGCAGCAGCCGCCGGCCUCGCAGGCCACCACCGCGCUCACGGCCGUGGUGCUCAGUGGCUCGGUCCAGCGCACAGCCGGGAAGACGGCGGCCACCGUGACCAGCGCCCUCCAGCCCCCUGUCAUCAGCCUCACGCAGCCCACACAGGUUGGCGUCGGCAAGCAGGGGCAGCCCACGCCGCUGGUGAUCCAGCCACCGCCCAAGCCCGGGGCUCUGAUCCGGCCCCCGCAGGUGACACUGACGCAGACGCCCAUGGUCGCGCUCCGGCAGCCCCACAGCCGCAUCGUGCUCACCGCACCCCAGCAGAUCCAGCUGAACCAGCUGCAGCCAGUCCCUGUGGUGAAACCUGCUGUGUUACCUGGAACCAAAGCUCUUUCUACUGUCUCGGCACAGGCAGCUGCUGCCCAGAAAAAUAAACUCAAGGAGCCUGGGGGAGGCUCGUUUCGGGACGACGAUGACAUCAAUGACGUGGCGUCCAUGGCUGGCGUGAACCUGUCGGAAGAGAGCGCGAGGAUAUUGGCCACGAACUCGGAGCUGGUGGGCACCCUGACGCGGUCCUGCAAGGACGAGACCUUCCUUCUCCCGGCACCCUUACAGAGACGGAUACUAGAAAUAGGGAAGAAGCACGGCAUAACGGAGCUACACCCGGACGUGGUGAGUUACGUGUCCCACGCCACGCAGCAGAGGCUGCAGAACCUGGUCGAGAAGAUAUCGGAGACGGCCCAGCAGAAGAACUUCUCCUACAAGGAUGACGACAGGUACGAGCAGGCAAGUGACGUCCGGGCUCAGCUCAAGUUUUUCGAGCAGCUGGACCAGAUCGAGAAGCAGAGGAAAGAUGAGCAGGAAAGAGAGAUCCUGAUGCGGGCAGCAAAGUCUCGAUCCAGACAGGAAGACCCCGAGCAGUUAAGGUUGAAGCAGAAGGCGAAGGAGAUGCAGCAGCAGGAACUGGCGCAGAUGCGGCAGCGCGACGCCAACCUCACGGCGCUGGCCGCCAUCGGGCCCAGAAAGAAGAGGAAGGUGGACUCCCCGGGCCCCGGGUCGGGGGCAGAGGGCUCGGGCCCAGGCUCGGCGGUCCCAGGCAGCUCCGGCAUCGGAACCCCCAGACAGUUCACGCGACAGCGGAUCACGCGGGUCAACCUCAGGGACCUCAUAUUUUGUUUAGAAAAUGAACGCGAGACAAGCCAUUCACUGUUGCUCUACAAAGCAUUCCUUAAGUAGCUCGGACACGGCCUCUCAGAGGGAGACGCCUGGGGACUUUUCAUUUGUUUGCAGAUACGCCUUUUUGUAACAAGCAAAUGGGAUAUUGUUUAAAAAACAGCCACCUCUUUACAAUGGAGCAGUUUUAUAUUCCUGUUUCUAAGUCAACUCUUCUGUACGGAGGAAAACACGUUUCUGUAACGGAGAACACAGAGGCCCGUGGGUACUCUAAAAGGACAAUUAAAUCUUAACUCAUCUUUGAUUGAGUGGCCUUCUUGCCAAACAAGCCAUAUAUAAAAACUGAUGGAAUCGUUUAGCAAAUAAUUAGCUGCCCUCUGUCAGCUCAUAGCGGUUUCUGCAUCAUUUGUGCAUUUGGUUUAGUUCAACCCAACUUACUCCGUAGGUGUGUGUCUACAGCCGAUGACCUCAUUUCACUUAUUUUAUUUUUGUAUUAGUCAGUUGGCAAAGCAAACUGAUUUUUUAGACUAUUUAUCGUCGCCCCUCCCCCGCCCUCCGUUCGGGAUUCCCGAGGCGCAGGUGGGCGUUCCUCAGCUGCCCACGCCUCGGGGCCCACCUCCCUUCUGCUUCUCGGGGCCCGGCGCCGCGGCUCCUUCUGAAUGUGUGGUCAGCAUCUGUACAAAUGCAUUUUAUUUGCUAUAGUUUGUAAAGCUGUAAAGUUAAAAGAAAUGAAAACCUUUUCAGCAUAAAUCUAUUUUACUUGCACUGUGUUUUUUAGCUAAAAGUGAAAACUUAGAUGAAAUAAAAUCAAAGUUGAGAAGAAUCAUCAAGAGACUGUUUCUCAGUGUGAAUCAAGUGUUGAAAAAUGGCUGGUGUAUUUUGUCGGUAACUGUACAUAGUUUUUGGCACAUGACAGAAGACGGCUAUGUAACUAUAAUUAUUUUGCUAAGAGACUGUAUGCAAGCUGUGGGCCCACUUUACAGACGUCCAGAGCAAAAGCCCCUUCUUUGUACCUAUUUUUUUAUUACAAAUAUACUAAUUGGUUCUUUAUAUUUUCAGAGGUUAUUGUAUUAAAUUGUCUAUCGAUAGGACUUUUAUGACUGUAAAUGCUCCGGCUUUCUCCGUGUGAAUUCCCACGUUAGACUCUCCGCGCGCGUGUGGACUGAGUGCUGAUAGUGUUUUUUAUCGACACCUGGAAACUGUUACACCUUUUAUUUUGUCUUUUAGGAAAAUCCUGUCUUUCCAUUUUUUCAUGUAAAUUUUGCACAGUUACUUGUUCAUAUGUAAAUAUUUUACUUUCAAAAUGAAGUUUUUAAUCGCUAUGGUUUUAUAUAGGAUUGGAAGAGAAUUAACCCCUUUAUUAAAAACGAAUUUAUCUGCA